GCCCCGUCAUCAGCCUCAACCUUGAGCACGCGUAGCGGAGACGGCCGUGCGCGUGCCCCGUCGUCCGCAUCCACCCUCAGCACGCGCAGCGGAGACAGCCGCCCAGAACGCGUCCCAAGCCCUCUCUCGCAUACGUCGCGUGCACCUAGCAAUGGCGACGACCAGUACCCGUUCCCGUCUGGCCCCGGGCCCUCCUCGCGUACCUCUCCGGGCAUGGAUGGGCGGAGCAAUAUCGCCGCGCCAGGCACGACCGCCCUCCGCCCAAGGACGCCUUCGACGGCGAGCGUGCGCCCCGGCGGGCUGCUCGCGAAUGGCGUCCGGCAGCCUGUGCAGUCCAACCCGUCGCCGUACGGACAGAGCGGCGCGGGACCGAUGUCGCCACCGUCUAUCCGCCAGCGCUCCGGAACGAAUGCGAGCACGCGCCCGUCGUUUGAGCAGGGUCCAGAAAUCACGUACUCAAGCGAGGCGCGCACGAGGACGCCUGCCAACGACCCAAUUCGCAUGCGGGCGCCAUCUGCAGCGAGUAUGCGACCGUCGCUUGACCAGCAAAGACCGUCGUAUAUGGGAGGUCCUCCACCCAUCAACGACCCAGUGCGUAUGCGGGCGCCAUCCGCAGCAAGUUUACGGCCUUCCCUCGACCAGCAGAGGCCACCCUACAUGGGAAAUGCUCCACCACCUCCGCGGCCGCCGACUUCGCCGGGGGGAACACCGCGGCUCGAACCAGACACGAAGAUCGGCGGGGAGGCGGGUAUGGCGGGCGUUGGUAGGCGCGGAUUUGCAGCGGCGGCUCGUGCUGCGAUGUUCACCACUAUGGGACCUGCGCCUCCCAUGCUGCAGGAUCCGCGCAUGAUGACGCCCGUGCAGGGCAUGGAUGGAAGAAGGGCAAAUGCGCCGCGGUUUUUGGACAUUGCCUCGGCGACGAACUACGCGGCUGCGAAUACUCCGCCGCUUUCUCCUGGAUCUGGGACCGCGUCUAUGUCCCCUCACUCUCCUUAUUCACAGAAGUCGCCAAUGUCAGCUGGAAUGCCCUCGCCCGGCGCUCUAAUGUCGCCAAACAUCACGCCAACGACCCCUGCCGGCCCCAGGGUCGCGUCGCCACCCACAAGCCCUGUGAGCGUUCAUAGCUUGCGCGACCGCAUGCUCCCACCCUCCCAAGAGCCGCCCAAGGCUCCGCUUCCAGACCCGCCGUCAACGCCACGACUGCCGUUCUUCGAGAAGUUCAAAAACAAACUCCCGGCAGUGGACACCUCCGCGCAGUCGCCCGGCGCGGGGGCCGGCUCGGCGGACCCCUCACCCCUGUCGCCACUCUCCGAUGAUGGUAGCUACGGCGGCCUUGCGUACGCCGAUUCGGACGACGACGACGACCUUCCGCUGCGUGCGAGCCCGCUGCCCCUCGCGACCCCCGCGAAGCCCGCCGCUGUCGCGGGCAGCGGCAACAAGGUCCGUUUCCCGUCCAUGACCAACAGCGAAUCCAAGUACUCGUCCGCUUCCUCUUCCUCGUCUGCUACCACAUCCCCGCCCCCCAUGCCCCAACGCAGUCUGUCUACCUCUACCGCCGGCUCGUCGUACUCGUCGCGUACGAUCGCAAAGUCGACCGGCGCGCUCGACCGCGCAAUGGAGACGCUCUUCGAGGACGGCCCGUCGUCUCCGACAGCCAGUACCACGUCUCGCGCCUUCACCGCUGCGGAUCCGUACCGCGAGAGCGUGAGCAGCAUCAAGUCGCCAAAGCCCCCGAUCCGCUCACAUACCAGCCCGACACUCCCGUCGUCGGCGCGUGCGGAAGCUGCGAAGACCGCGGCGCGGCGGCCGAAGCGGCGGGUCUGCCUGCGGUGCGAGAAGCACAUCGAGGAUGGGCGGUGGAUACAAGUCGAGGGCGGGAAUGUGCUCUGCGACAAAUGCUGGAAGAAUAUGUACCUGCCGAAGUGUCGGCGUUGUAAUAAGACUAUCGAGAAGCAGGCGGUGUCGUCGUCGGACGGCCAGCUGAAAGGGAAGUACCACAAAGAAUGUUUCAGCUGCUUUACAUGCGAGAAACCGUUCCCGGACAAGACAUUUUACGUGUUUGACGGGAAGCCGUUCUGCGCAUACCACUAUCACGAGGAGAACAACUCGCUCUGCGCCGCGGCACGCUGCGGGCAGCCGAUCGAGGGCCCGUGUGCGGUCUCGCAUGCGGGCGACCGGUAUCACCCCGAGCACCUCGUGUGUGAAUACCGCGGAUGCACGGAGCGACUCGUCGAGUACUACGAACUCGACGGGCGCAUGUUGUGCGAACGCCACGCCGAGAAGGCGAUCGACGAAGAUGAGGACGACGAGCUCGGGCCCGCGGGCGACCGUACAACGGUCGCGAUGAAGCGCGUCACGCGGUUCAUCGACCUCGCCGCGCUCGGGCCUGUGCGGUAGCAACGCACGUAGGGGGUAGAAGGUGUGCAUUUAAUGGGCUUGAGCGUGCUGCGUACAUGAACUAGGUUUACGGUUACGGCUUCUCACUUCUCUUCUCGUCGCUCCCGCGCAUGCUACGAGUUCCCUCUUCUCUCUGACUACGGCUCUCUGCCUCUCUGCGCCUGAUCUUACGCUUGUGUCUAUCCCCUUCUCUUCUCUCUUCUUGGACGGACUCGCGGACCUUCUCGAUGUAUUUUUUCCACGCGCCCCCGUUCUCCGUUCCGUCUUCGCUCUCUGCGCUCCGCCCGCACGUCUAUACGUCCGUCCCCCUAUAUCCCCGCCCUGCACGAUAUCCACUCCCACCUAACCACCCACACUUUUACGAACUGGUGCGUCGCGCCCAUCUAAUAGCCACGUACUGUGCAUCUAGGACUGCAUUUAGAGCCCCCGCCCCGUCCCGUCCCGCGGCGCUAUAUCCCUCCUCCUCACACACACACGCAGACUUGACUUAUCAC